UGCUGCAUGGUUUGAUUCUGUUUGACUUCUAGCUGGCAGUUCUUUAAAGACUUGCAAGCCCUUGGCUAAUUUUUCUAGAUGAUUAGAGUAGACAUGACAGUGAGCUGACAAACAGUCUUUCUUGAGUAUUUUUCUCAUUAAGGGGACAUGAUAGAAACUGGACACCGCUAUGAUGAUGAAGGCUCUGUCUGGACUAUAAUAAUGACUGGACUAAACGGACUAGGGACUAAAUAACAGGUAUGAAGAAUUCCAUUCUUGCUGGAUUUACCUCUCAUCCCUGGACAUGAACAUCUGCUUUGGCUUCAUUCAGAACGAGAUUUCUCGGUGUACCAACGCCAACCUCUCGAUAUACCAAUCAGUGUGUAGGAACCAGGAGUGGGGGCAAAUAGGACAGUCAAGGGCGGACUGGAGCUUUAAAAAGGCCCAGGUAUUAUUUUACAGAGCGGCUCUUCUCGCUAAAAUAGGCAUAUAAUAUUAUUCUAUAGAACAAAAUAGGCCCACCGGCCAUUGCCCAAAUGUCUGACUGGCCAGUCCGUCACUGAGGACAGUGCCCCCUAAAAAGGUACUAAUGACUGAUGAGACAAGAAUGAGAACGUCGUACACUGUCAGCAUUGAUCGAGUUUGCCCCAAAACAGAGCCGAUCAUCUUCCUACGCCAAUGUGUACAAAUCUGAGCCCUUCGAUCUACAAAAAUCAGCCCCCCAGCACGACUCUCGGUGUACGAACACGAGCCUCUAAUUGGCAUACAAAAGCGAUCCGUUUUGGUAUACUAACACGAUCUCUUCGUUUACGAACGUGAGUCUCUUUUUGCAACAUUUUGCUAGCCAGAAUAAUACUGUAGCAAGUGUAGCAUGUAGCGUAUGUAGGCAUGCAUAAAGUAAAGUUGUAUAGGCCGAAGAGAAACUAUUAAAGAUGUCAACCCCACGUAGCCCCCCAGCACUUGCUGUUCCGUGACAAAAAAACAAAACAAAAAAAAAACAUAAAAAAACAACAACCAAGAAUUCGUUUGGACGUUUUGCAUGGACCAGUCAUUCUAGUAUAAUCUAGCCACAAGAACAGCGUUUGGCUGCGUCAAACGUCUGCCUCUGUGUGGAUAAAAUUAGAAGUAAAUUAAGCUUGACCACAGAUUAUGAUGAUGGUGGAGAUGAUGGUGGUAGUGCUUGGUGAUUACAGUGCUGACGUUACUACCGCUUAUAUAGACAGAAACUCUACACAAAAUAAUGAUGGCAGUACCAAUCAGCGCGUGCAGUAAUCACACGAUAUAAAUGAAAGUCGGCAAGAGAAUGAGAGAGAAAAGACAGGAAGAGUGAAAUUUAUCUCCUCCUCGCCUUGUGCUGGUUUUGUUUUCUUUUUUUACGAGCGGCCCAUGCAGUCGACUAGAAACCAGACAGCGCGCUGCCUUUCAGUUGUCAAGGCUCCUACUACAGUCCUUCAUUCCUGGCAAAUCAAGUUUGCGAAGGCCAGCAGGACAAAGAAAGAGUCGUUUGCUCUUUUGUCCCUGUGUGUGUGUGCACGCACACAUAUUGCACGCACGCGCGCGCACACAAAAGCGCAAAUGACGGGCUGUGUGUGUGUGUACGUGCACGCGCGUAUGAGUGUGCAAACUGUGAAAAUGUAUCCGUGCGCGCGCGUGCGGAACGAGGGUAGCUGGGUGGUGAGAGGUGGGUCGCCAUCACUGCGCAUUCAGACUUCAGCCGAUGAGAAAGGAGGAGACUGGGGUGGGGGUCGGGGUGAGAUGGAGCAGGCAGUGCCUGCAAGACAGCCGUGGGACUGGACCUCUCAGCGCGCCGGGCUGCAGGCCUUCUUGGAGUUUAAUUCUUAGUGUGUUUGACGAUGAGAGCAUUUUUGGAAAGCUUGUUUUGCAUACCAAAACAAAUCUCAUCAGACGGAAACGACGAGUAGUCCGGAACAGAGAGUCUGCGGACGAGAACUGUCUCGGUGUAAUGUAAGUGGUAGCGCAAGUUUCUCACCAACUCGAUCGCGACUUGGAAACCAUUCAGGUUAUGGUGCAACGCUUCUGAAACACAUCUAGGGUGCCUGACAUCACCGUGGACAUCUGUAGAUACCAUUACUAACAUCCUGAUACAAUUGCUUUAGUGUUCCUUGAAGGAUUAUCCACUACACCAUGACUGCAUUAGAGACACUUGCGGUGUGCUUUGUACUGACCGUUGGUGUUGUGGGGGAGUCACAGUCUGCCUCUGUCCGAGACGACAUCACAACAUCGCCCACCCUCAACAUGCAACAGCUGCUGGCAAUGGCGGAGAGCCUUGCUCAAGACAUGGCGGCGAUGAAGGCAGCGCGCAAGAGUGAUCAGUCAAGACUGACGAACCUGGAAAAACGCACCAAGAAGUUUGAUCUUGAUUUAAUGGUAAGGUAUGAAGACAUUGCUCUAUUACAUAACUUCAUGGCAAACAUCAACACCACCCUCAGGCGAGUGGAGAACAGCACGUCCUAUCUGCAGAUGCAAGUAGCACACACGAGCUCUACACAACAGAAGGUGCAAGAGGAAGUCAGGAAGCUGAAAGAUCGUGCACAGCUCCUAGAACAACGUUUGGCCGAGCUUUUGCGUGUCACGGAAGCACGCGGAUCAGAAGCAAGCGUCGCUGAUAGAGAAAGGAAUGCGAUGGCAGAUUUUGGUUCGAACCCUCAAGAUGGUCAGAGCAGGGUCGCCGUGCUGGAGAAUGUUGUCAGCAGCAGACUGGAUGUUCAUGGAGAAGCUGAACAUGAAGCCAAGAGCACCCGCGGGAGUCGAGCGGGCAAACCUUUUCGAGAACGCGGUUCGGGUCACGUAGACGUGGGGCAUCAGCUGCAAUUGCGUUCAAAGGCAGAUAGCCAGGAGUUCGUUGAUGCAGGCAUAAGUGAAGACAUAUCAGGCGAUGGUGUUAUCGACAUUGACUUCAGCGGCGAUGAAGACAAAAAAACCUUAAUCCUAGAUGAGACUCAGAUCACAGAACCGACAAGUCGCAGAAAUGAUGUCCACUGGGACGGUGAUAUCCCGAGCGGAACAGACACCAAGGUUACGUCAGCACACAUUACUCUGAGCCCUCCUAGCACCGAGAUAUCAACGGCUGCUACGGAUGCUACCCAGUCUGACUCACCCGACCGCACCCUCGACUCGGUCUCUCUUCUCUACCAGCGCCUAAACGAUAUGGAGAUGCGCCUCAAUCUGACCAUGCCUGCUGAUGAGGUCAUGGCCGUUGUGGUUCGUGAAACGAUUCGCGUGAACUCGGAACUGGAGAAACACACGGAAAAUCUUCGACAGCUUGAAAGCAAGAUGGUUGAGCUGAACACCUCGGUGUCAUGGACGGCGAGCCAGACGCGCAGCUGGAAGAUGAUGGAGUCUAUGGAGGGACUGCAGGCGUCUCUGGCCAACUUCGUGAACAGCGUGUUGACCGUGGAGCAUUGGCACGCGGCAAGCGUGCAGCUCGCGACGGCCAGCCAACGCACGGACCAGCGGGUUAGUAGCCUGACCUCACGCGUGCUGGACACCACGCAGCUAGUCCACAGGCUGCAGACAGCGGUGCGAGACUACCAGCAUCUCAGCGAGCGGCAGUUCCGGGUGUUGCAGACGCAUGUUAUACAGCUUAACAACAGCGUACAGGAUCUUCUCGAGCGGAUCGACAAGACGACGCGGAUAAACCAAGGGCAGUUGAAUGAUGUUCACAACACGCUGAACUAUGGAGGCGAGGGUCAGUUGCUGACGUCACGGCUGGAGGAUCUGGCGCUUCAGCUCGUCUACAGCGACAACCGCUUGUCUCACUUGGAGACCACAGUUCUUAACGCCUCCCUGGCCAGGUGCCAAAAGGAGAACAACGAUCUCAAUCAGGACGCCACCCUACUACGACUAAACCAGGCCAUGGUGGAUGUCAGAAAUGAUGUUGUCGUUCUCCGAGAGACUAUCAAACGAGUCGAUCUUAGUCUGUAUCGUCUCCAUGGAAAUGGCAAGGCCAUACAGGAAGACAUACGAGGUCUCCAAGGUCAGGUUAAGAAAACGGAAAAAUUACCCAGUGUGGUGCAGCAUCUGAAGCAAGAAGUGGACAAUCUUCUUUUUCAGCUUCCGAUAGACUGCGAUGACUGCUAUGAACGCGGCUUCCAUAAGACAGGGGACUACAUCAUCUACCCAAAGAACGGUCUCCGCGCCAUCAAAGUUCGCUGCAUCAUGGAACCUUGGGAAGAAAAGGAAGAGGAAGAAAGCAAUGACCUCAAGGAGGCGGCAGCGUCAAAGGUCAAGGGUGGCUGGACCGUCAUUCAACAGCGACACAGCGGCAAAGUCAAUUUCAGCCGCAGCUGGGCCGAGUAUGAAGAAGGUUUUGGCUCCAGCGACACUGAAUACUGGAUCGGCAACGAAGUCCUGCAUCUCAUGACUUCUAGUGGCAACUACAGCCUCCACAUCCACAUGAGGGACAUCUCCGGCCGAUACUGGCAUGCCUCCUAUGAUGUCUUCGCUGUGUCCAGCAAAGAGGAUAACUACCGUCUGACCCUAGGUCGUUACCGAGGCAACGCCACGGAUACGCUGUACUACUCGUCUGGGAUGACCUUCAGCACUUACGACCGCGACACUGACGUCAGCAGCUUGCAGUGCGCGCGCUACAAUGGUGGCGGCUGGUGGUACCGGCACUGUCAGAUCUCCAAUCUCAACGGGCCCUUCUACGCGGGUAUGAUCUGGUUCCACAGGGACUGGCACGACUGGCUGCAGCUGAGUGAAGUGGUCAUGUUGAUCCGAUGUGCGAGAUGUGCCAAGUAAGAGUGAUUUCGUGCUGCAACGCUAAGCUUGUAGUAGGGGUCUUUGAGGAGUCCAUUUAUCAUCUUCGAAGUUGAAGCUUUGGUGUUGUGAUCAUGAGCUGAAUUUUUAACAAUUUCCUAAUAUUGAAAUAAGAGGACAGGAUCAGACUGUCGCCGACAAUUUUACGUGUAUGUGGGGGUCGUUAAGAGAGAGGUUCGUGUGCAUUCGUAUGUGCUGUAAGGUUUCAGUUUGUCUGGUGUUUUACGGCGACAAUAGCAGUGACCCGCUCGUGUUCAUCUUCAGCUCAUGCUGUGAAAGCUUUUAAUCGGAGCGUUGCACCGAAGGACGUGGAGUCCUCACGCGCACGGAAUAUGUCGAGGCGCACGUGUCGUUUUCAGUGACUUGUCUCCCCUGCUGACUCAGCCUGAGUGGUGAUGCUUCUGACAGUUCAUCGACACGCCUUUUCUGCGCAUCUUGAGGUUGGGUGUCUGCUUUCCCACCUAUGUUAUCAUGCCAUGCCACGCUUUCAGAGACGGGCGCAACGUUGUGUGUGUGUGUUUUUUUAAAUCUCAAGCUGAGCUGAUAUCCAUCCACAAGCUGACAUGGUUGUCGACCUUUCGGUUUUUCCUGAAAUUAAAGGUCAAAGAAAUAGUGGAAUGCAGUAACCUUUGUCUCAGGGCUGGCUCUUUAAGUCGCAGCGAGCAAUCUCAAAGUGCCGAACAUUCUAGAGCUCCAGAAUAUGGCGUUCACUUCGUUGGAAUCUGGGAUAUGUAAAAGUGGAAAAAACGAAACAAAUUAACCAGUAAAAGUCGCCAAACAGAAGAUUUAAUCUUCCUUUGUCUCUUCGACUAAUGCAAGUCUUCUCUCUCUCUCAUGCACACACACACAUGCAUGCAUGAGAACGUGCUCCUUCGUGAGCGUGAUCAAGCGCUAUAUAAAUCACACGUUUUACAUAUUAUUAAACACAUUAUUUUGUUUUAUUAUUAUUAAACACAUACACACACUGUCUCGCGCACACGCGCACAAUUACAGGGUACAUUAUUCUAUAGUUUGAUGAUUGCAGCCCACGACGCAAGCGUUGAUAUUAAACAUACAAUCCUCUUUAAAUAUUA